AUGACGAGUGCGCUGUCAUCGACAGAGACGCUUUCACUGCUUUCCUUGUCUAUCGCCUGCCUUGGGGUGCUGACCAACACUCUUCAUGGUGACGGUGAGCCGCUUGUUGCGUCGAUAGCGCUCAGUGGUCUAGCGUUUGCGUUCUGCUAUGCCUUGAUACGAUGGCUUGGAAAUGCUUUCAUGAAGCGUGGCUUCAAGGGGCGAGAUCUCUGCAAGCUCAAACAGAUUGAGAUCCCUGAGAUGAUGGGAGCAGUGUGUGCGAUGGUGUACCUUUUCGUCCUGAUCUUCUUCAUACCAUGGCCUUUCUACAAGGACAUUGUAGUCGCAACGUCAGGGGGUGGCAACAGGGAUAUCAUAAAGGAAUUGGAGCUGAUCGAGACCGGGAGGCUACUACACAGAUUUCCCCACAACAAGCUUGCAUCUUACCUAUCCGCUAUUCUCUCCCUUCAGUCUAUCGUACUGCUUGGAAUUGGUGACGAUUUGUUCGACAUAAGAUGGCGACACAAGGUGCUCAUCCCCGCAUUUGCAGUCAUUCCCAUGCUCGUCGUCUACUUUGUCGACUUUGGCGUCACACAGAUGGUUGUCCCGGUACCACUGAGACCUUACCUGGGCGAACUCUUUGAUCUAGGCUGGCUGUACUACGUCUACAUGGCGCUCAUGUCCAUCUUCUCCUCAAAUAGCAUCAACAUCCUGGCGGGUAUCAACGGUAUCGAGGUGGCUCAGUCUAUAGUCAUCGCAGUCCUGAUUGUUGGCAACGACAUGCUCUAUCUCUCGCCAUUCACGACGUAUCCGCAUCCUGCAACAGACUCCCAUCUGUUCUCGCUGUAUUUGCUACUACCAUUUAUCGGUGUCUCGUUGGCUCUACUGAUGCACAACUGGUAUCCAGCAAAGGUGUUUGUGGGGGAUACUUACUGCUAUUUUGCGGGCAUGGUAUUCGCUGUAGUCGCUAUCCUCGGCCAUUUCAGUAAAACGCUGAUCUUGCUGCUCAUACCGCAAGCGUUCAACUUCGUCUACUCGGCACCCCAGCUCUUCCAUAUCGUACCAUGUCCCCGACAUCGGCUUCCGCAUUUCAACGCACGGACAGGACUACUGGAGCCAUCGCGCGUCGAAUUUACCAAACCAUUACGACGACCGAUAGCGGAGAGCCUCAAGGUGCUGCACCGGCUUCGGAUGCUUGAUGUUGAGAUUGAUGCGAAGGGGCAGGUGGUUUCGUCGAGCAAUUUUACACUAAUCAAUUUAUGGUUAGUAUGGUUCGGUCCAAUGCGGGAAGACCGCUUAGCCAUGGGUUUGCUCGCGUUCCAGUUCGCGGUUGGAGUUCUAGGGCUGUUUGUACGACAUCGGAUGGCUUUGCUUAUCUUCACCGCGGACAAUCUGUAG